CUUUCCCAGAAGUGGCCGGCGGCCUGGGGGAGCUCAAGGCUGCCCCCUUUCUCUGCCAGGGUCGUCCAUCAACGAGAGGAUGGCUAGCGGGCUGAGCAUGGAGCCGUCCUUCUCGGGCGUACUCGUGCCAGCUUGAUCGAGGCGCCACCUCUAGCUGGAGGCACCAGGGACCGAACCCGCAGCUUCGAGCUCGACUGCGGACGAAUCCUGGGGAAGCGCGCCUCGCGCAGAGACGGCCGGGCUGGACUUAAUAACUUUGGAACUGUCCACCAGUGUCACGUCCCGAACAUGAGCCUCCUCCUCUCCUUCUACCUGCUCGGGUUGCUUGUCAGUAGCGGGCAAGCUCUUCUUCAAGUGACAAUUUCACUUAGCAAAGUAGAGCUUAGUGUGGGUGAAUCUAAAUUCUUCACAUGUACAGCAAUUGGUGAACCUGAGAGUGUAGAUUGGUAUAAUCCUCAAGGAGAGAAGAUCAUUUCAACACAGAGGGUAAUGGUGCAGAAGGAAGGUGUCAGGUCAAGAUUAACCAUCUACAAUGCAAAUAUAGAAGAUGCAGGGAUAUAUCGUUGCCAGGCAACAGAUGCCAAAGGACAAACACAGGAAGCUACAGUAGUUUUGGAAAUUUACCAAAAACUCACCUUUACAGAAGUGGUAUCUCCUCAAGAAUUCAAACAAGGAGAGGAUGCAGAAGUGGUCUGCCGAGUCAGCAGUUCACCUGCACCUGCUGUCAGCUGGUUGUAUCACAAUGAGGAAGUCACCGCUAUUUCCGACAAUCGUUUCGCUAUGUUAGCAAACAAUAAUCUUCAGAUUCUCAACAUCAGUAAAAGUGAUGAAGGUAUAUACAGGUGUGAAGGACGAGUGGAAGCUAGGGGAGAGAUCGACUUCCGUGACAUCAUCGUUAUCGUCAACGUGCCGCCAGCAAUCACGAUGCCUCAGAAAUCCUUUAAUGCUACAGCUGAGAGAGGAGAAGAAAUGACAUUAUCCUGCAGGGCCUCAGGCUCUCCUGAACCUGCUAUUACCUGGUACAGGAAUGGAAAACUCAUUGAAGAAAAUGAAAAGUACACAUUGAAAGGAGGCAACACGGAACUCACUGUCAGGAACAUAAUCAAUAGUGACGGGGGCCCAUAUAUCUGUAGGGCCACCAAUAAAGCUGGAGAAGAUGAGAAGCAGGCAUUUCUUCAAGUCUUUGUACAGCCUCACAUAAUACAGCUUAAAAAUGAGACUAUGUAUGAGGAUGGUCAAGUCACACUCAUCUGUGAGGCAGAAGGGGAGCCUAUUCCAGAAAUCACUUGGAAGAGAGCCAUGGAUGGUAUCACAUUUUCCGAAGGGGACAAGAGCCCAGACGGCCGUAUCGAAGUGAAAGGGCAGCAUGGAAGCUCAUCCCUGCAUAUUAAAGAUGUGAAGUUGUCAGAUUCAGGGAGAUAUGACUGUGAAGCUGCAAGUAGAAUUGGAGGGCAUCAAAAGAGCAUGUACCUUGAUAUUGAAUAUGCUCCCAAAUUCAUAUCAAAUCAAACAAUUUAUUAUUCUUGGGAAGGAAAUCCAAUCAAUAUAAGUUGUGAUGUGAAAUCAAAUCCACCAGCAUCAAUCCACUGGAGAAGAGAGAAAUUGGUCUUACCAGCUAAAAAUACCACCAAUAUAAAGACAUACAGUGCAGGAAGGAAGAUGAUAUUAGAGAUUGCACCUACAUCUGACAAUGACUUUGGACGAUAUAAUUGCACAGCCACUAACCAUAUAGGAACGAGAUUUCAAGAAUAUAUUCUUGCUUUGGCUGAUGUGCCAUCCAGUCCCUAUGGCGUGAAGAUUAUAGAGCUGUCUCAGACCACAGCCAAGGUUACUUUUAACAAACCAGACUCCCACGGAGGUGUGCCUAUUCAUCACUACCAAGUGGAUGUCAAAGAAGUGGCAUCAGAAACCUGGAAAAUAGUACGCUCCCAUGGAGUUCAAACGCUGGUUGUUUUGAGCAACCUGGAACCAAAUACAACAUAUGAAAUCAGGGUUGCAGCUGUAAAUGGAAAAGGGCAAGGAGACUAUAGUAAAACAGAAAUCUUCCAGACUUUACCAGUUCGUGAACCAAGUCCUCCUUCUAUACAUGGACAACCAAGCAGUGGGAAGAGCUUUAAACUCAGCAUCACCAAACAGGAUGAUGGAGGGGCCCCUAUUUUGGAAUAUAUUGUGAAAUACAGAAGUAAAGAUAAGGAAGAUCAAUGGCUGGAGAAAAAAGUGCAAGGAAAUAAAGACCACAUUAUUUUGGAGCAUCUGCAGUGGACGAUGGGGUACGAAGUUCAAAUCACAGCGGCCAAUAGAUUGGGAUAUUCUGAACCCACAGUUUAUGAGUUCAACAUGCCACCAAAGCCCAACAUUAUUAAAGACACACUUUUUAAUGGUCUUGGGCUUGGAGCAGUCAUCGGCCUGGGAGUUGCUGCGCUUUUACUAAUCCUUGUGGUAACAGACGUCAGCUGCUUCUUCAUUCGACAAUGUGGGCUACUGAUGUGCAUCACCAGAAGAAUGUGCGGGAAGAAAAGUGGCUCCAGUGGCAAAAGUAAAGAACUUGAAGAAGGAAAGGCUGCAUACCUGAAAGAUGGAUCAAAAGAGCCAAUAGUGGAGAUGAGAACAGAAGAUGAAAGAAUCACUAAUCAUGAAGAUGGGAGCCCAGUAAAUGAGCCAAAUGAAACCACACCGUUAACAGAACCUGAAAAAUUGCCUUUAAAAGAAGAAAAUGGAAAAGAAGUUUUAAGUCAAGAAACUAUAGAAAUUAAAGUUUCUAAUGACAUCAUCCAAUCAAAAGAAGAUGACAGCAAAGCAUAACGACAACAUUACAAUGGCUUGAAGAACACUACAAAGAUCAUUCGGAUUGCAGUGACCCUAUGACCAAAACUAUUCCAUUGACCUUAAUUACUUGGGAAACUUCUAGCUUGGAAUAGCUUGUACACAUAUACAUAUGAGAUCAAAUACUCCUGCCCAUGGUCCAUUUCCUUCUGUUGUUGUUGUUGUUGUUGCUGUUGUUGUGUUUAUUUUGUUAAUAAUUUCAAUAUAGAGACUUGACUGGCACCAAUUCUUGGGUAUCUAUUUGAUUUUAUGAUGGAAGUACUGCAAUUUAUUUAUGGUUAAAGUGCUCUAUUACUUAAGAACUGUAUCUUACACCACGACCAAGUAGAUUUCAACCUCUCUAGCAAAUAGGGGUAUAAGAAAAAGCAGAAAACGAAAACUUUGUGAGCUAAGUGUGUAAGAAAGCUGUGCAUGUUUAUAAAUCCUAUCUUGGGGAAAUCGAUGAUUAAAGUGUCUUUCAGUUUAAGAUGAAGGCACUUAAUAAAAGUUAGACUUUUUAUCAGGGGAAUUUCAGGAAACUUGGGCUUGAAAGAGCCAGUUAUCUUUAGAGAUAUUAAAAAUGAAGCAAAGUUUGGAGAACUAUUUUCAAGUUAUGAUUACAGUGAAU